AUGCUAAAGUGGACGGUGUCCCGAUCGUUGUCGACGGCGAGCUCGACACCCCACGGCCCGGGUGGUGGCAAAACGACCCGCCGGCCGUUCCGUGACCUGUCCAACACGCCACCGGCGGGAUCGAGCAGCUCACGAUCGACCCCCGGUGUCAAGCGCACCCCCGCCAAGCGCAAGAGGUGCCGCAGCCAGGGAAGCGACCUCCGGGGCUACUUCCAGGCCACGAAGCCCAGCAGUCGGUCGGGCAAGCGGCUGUCCCAGCGCAACAGCAGCUCACCGGUGGUCGUCGAGAGCUUCUACCAGAGCACGCCGAGGGUCGACACGGACAUCGGGCCGCUCAUACCGAGCCGCGCGCGCUACCCCGUUAGCUGCAGCAACAGCGUCACCCUGCCCACGGAUCCUCAAACCAUGCUGCCUCCGCGCGGUUGUGGAGGCGCGAGUGGCGCCAUCUUCCCCGCCCAGCAACAGCCCAACAAAUUCCAGUCGCACGUGUCCGACUUUUUCCAACAGAUCAGCAUGGCCACCAGCCCCGAGGACAUCAUAGAGUUCGAAUCUCUGCCCUUCGCCCACAACAGCCGCAGGUACGCCCUGAGGAACGAGGAGAGGCGGCGCCACUGUACGCCCUGUCUCCCGCCCAAGCUCGCAAGAAUAACAAGGCUCCACGCCAGGAUCAAAACGCCCCAUCACAGCGCCACGGGAGCCGAGCGGUGCGUAGACGGAGAACUCGAGGACGCGAGGCAAACGCCCCUGGCUGGGAAACUCUUGAGUCUCAAGCUCGACGCGAACCCGGCCGAGGAGAACGACACUGCUCUUCCGGGGACCGUCAGCGAGUACGUUGUUGUUGUUGCUUUAUCCCCCCCCCUGUCCAUCAAUUGGCAUGGUGUAACUUUGAUCUACUAUAGGGAUUGGUCUUUGGGCAGGAAGCGGGAGGCAAACACCUCGGGGGCCAAGAGCGUGGCGGAGAUCCUCCUCGGGGACUCGGCCGAGCGGCGAAAGGUGCUCGGCUCGGGUGCUCGAAGCGAACCGGAGGAGGAGGAGGAGGAGGAGCACAUCUACGAGACGAUAGACGAGGGCCCGGCAGCGAACGUCACCCUGGCGAUGGAGCUGGACGAGAGCAAGGCGGCGCACAACGACAGUAGCGUGUCCUCGGCCAGCCAGCUCCUGGAGAACCCGUCGCCCCUAUCCUGGCAGGGUAGCUCGGACGCGAAGCUCGCCGCCGGGGAGUUUCCUUUGAGGCGCCAACGUGGCAUUCGCAGGAAACGACAGGCAAGGGACAAGGACGGCACGGCAAAGUCGGAGGUGGUCCAGGGCAAGAGACCCAGACGCGAGGACGACGAGGACGCGACUGACCCAGAGACGAACUUGCGUGCCGCUCACCAUAGCCUCACGGACGCCCCGAUGUCAGCGGAGCUUCGGGACCCCGUGCCGGAGGGGAACCGUAGGCGUCGAGAGGCGAUUAUGAGCACGAGUACCUGGGACACGGACAGUUUAAAGUCCUCGCUGCUGGACUCGUUCGCCACGUCGAUGACGACGACCUCGGCCAUAUGUACCCCCGAGGCGCCCCUCGUCGCUACGGUGCGACGCUGCCUCAAGUACAGUCCCGAGACGCCGUGCCCCAGUGCCGAGUACUCUGGCUCGUCGUCGAGGUGCAGCAACGCCAGCAAUUGCCUCGCCGGAUCUGGUGGCAAUGGCAGCGGUGGUGGCAGCAACAGCAGGAGCUCGAUCGAAAUCGCCUGCUUUGCCCAGAACGAUCGGAUACACAUUAGGGGUGAUGAAAAGACAGUGCUGAUUUUAUCGGUGUGUCGUUGUUUUUUGUGGUGUGCAGUGAUAAGGUGCCGGGAUCUGCGUCGCGCCUACGAGGGUCCGAUCAACGCAUACGUCAAGGCGAGCAUAAAGGACCCACGGAGCGGCGAGGGCUGCGUCAAACGCACGGCGGUGCAUCGCGCCACUCCGAACCCCGUGUUCAACGAAAGCCUCGUUUUGCCUUGUCCACCGGCUUACGACAACCACUGCGCGGCCAGGCAGGUCUCGCUCGACAUCGCCGUCUGGCACCGCGACCGCAGGGCAAGACGCAGCGAGCUGUUGGGCUGCAUGACGCUGCCGCUGCCCCUUUCGCAGGACAAGGAAGCGACAUGGCAUCCUCUGGAAGCUGGCUCGGGACGAAACACGAGCUCAGCACCCGCGAUCUACGGCAUGCAGCAGCAGGAUGCGGUGGGAGGUGGUGGUGGUCGGGGCUCGGUCGUCUCCCCGCCGCUGUCGAACAGGGACGGCGCCGAGUCUAUCGUAACAGAUAACAACAACGGCAGCGCCUCGGGCCCCACGGACGAUCUCACCUAUCUGAGGCACUUGGAACUCGAGCCGCUCGAUCCGCUCACGGGUCUGCCGUUGCAUCCCGGGUUCACGGCCAGGGGCGGUAGGACGCCUUGCACCGUUACGAGGCGGCUCGUCAGGCCGGCUGGUAACCAGGUGCCAUGGGGCUUCUCCCUGUCGUGGGGCAGGCCACCACGAGUGGAGCGCGUGGACCCGGGCAGUCCAGCGGAGCGCUCCGGCCUCCGACCCGGGGACUACGUGGUCUUCGUGGAGUCGUCGAACGUGGUCACACAGCCCCGGGACGACAUCCUCGAGCUGAUCCAGGCGGCGACGAGCCAACUGGUGCUCGAGGUCUACCGGCGGGGCGUGCACGGUCACGCCGUCACCAGCACCGCGUCGCACCGGCAGAGCUCGGCCAACGCUGUUUUGCAGGCGCCACCGGCUUUGUUGCCGCCAACUGCGCUCGGCGGGGCUCCCGUUGUCACUCAUCCCACGAUCGCAUUCACAGCAGAGCCAUUCCCGAGCCUGUCGGCGGACGCGUCCCCGGAGGAGGAGCUCGGCGUCCGCGAGGCGCGUCACUGGUCGUGCCUGAAAAACGGGCAGACGCGCUUCAUGGUCCCACUGACGGAGCACCGCGACGUCCUCGCGGCCUCGGACUACCUGAUCCUCUUCCAGAACCUCGACGAGCUGCUCAAGCUGUCCGAGGAGCUGUUGGACGAGGGCAGUGGCGUCGACAGUUACCUGUGCCGCGUGCCCCGCAUCACCGCCACCUACCGGCGCUACCUGAGUGGGCUGCAGAGGGCGUGCUGCCUGCUGGUCGCUCUCCGGAAAAACGCCGCCUUUGCCAAGAUCGUGUGCGAGCCCGCGGUGCCCAGGAGGCGCAAGCCCGACCUCACAGGCGUCCUCCUACAGCCGCUCGACCACUACAGAGAGAUGACGAGGCUGCUGUGCCAAGCGUGUCCACGCAACUGCCAGCCGGUCCGCGACUUGGCCCAGGGCUACCGCGAGGCGACAGCCAACGCCGCCAUGAUGGAACCACCGCGCGACACCGGCCGGCCACUCCUUAGCCUCCAAGAGGUCGAGUCCCGGCUUGUCUUUGCCCGCUGCAAGCCCUUCACCCUCGCCGUCCCCGGCAGACAAUGGUUGUUCGGCGGCGCGUUGGCCAAAGUCGAGGGCCGUGGGAGGCUGCAGCCCACGUGGGCUCUCCUACUGUCGGAUCUGCUCGUGUUCGCGCGCAUCUCCCGCGACCGGGUCCUCUUCGUCACGGAGGAGCCGCUACGGCUGGCCUGCAUUGCCGAGGCAUGUUUCACGAUACGCAAACGGCCCACCGAGUUCCGGCUCCAAGUCACGACCCAGUGCGGGGGUACGGGCGGUGGAGUCGGGGUAGGCGGUGGGUGCAGUCCCCACGGUAGGCCCAGGCGGCGAGUGCUCAUCCUACGGGCGCCCAGUCCCGAGCUCAAGGCCGUCUGGCACAACCUUCUCCAGCGGCAAAUGUAAAUUUAACACCACCGACUAUGUCGCUCAUGACUGUUAGAAGACGGAGGUGGUUAGCAAUGCUGACACUGCUGUUAUGUUGUUAUCAUUAUUACCGUCACUCGCUACUGACACGUAGAAUUGCUAUUAUAUCAUAUUAUUGUAAGGAUACACACACACGCUGAAUUUUGCAUCCAUGUUGUAAAUUAAGUCGUUGCAAGGCAUCUGAUUUUUAUUUACUUAUAUGGACUGUCAUUUUUGUUUUUAUUUAUUUAUUUAUUUAUUUUUUUUAUUCUAUAGCUAGCGUAUUUCAAGUAAAUUUUUUAUCUUAGAGUUAGUUACACUGAAACACUUUUGGUCUUCGUGUACGCGUCCGUGAUUUUUCGGGAAAGCAAAUUUUAGGUUUUAUCAUUACUGCACAGACAGAUAGUCUCAUUUAAUGCUUCAUAAUAAUUAUAGACAAUUUCACAUUACUAGAAUAGCUUUACCGAUGCACCUAACUGUAUCGAAAACUACACUGUCAAUAAUUAUUGCUAUAUCGAUGCUUACAUACCAAUAAAAGUUCUGAUCAACGUGGCGCGUAUACCGAGACCGAAUAUUCGUACAUUAAUUGAUCUCAA